AUGAACUUUGAGACCUACGGCCAUCUUGGCCGCCUGCCCUACCACAUCCGCGACCAAAUCUGGUUUGAAGCUAGCAAGGCACCCACCUUCGACACCUUCCCAGGCCAGUACCUCCCAGUCCCAAGGACAAACGCGGAGCUCUACGACGAAGUAAGCUACGCCCUAUUCCGCGGUGCUCGGCUGGCCUUCGAAGGCUGCACAACAGGCUCGCCUACUUUCAUCCCUGAGAGCCUCGUCCGGCUUAUCUACGACUACGGCGCAUAUCGACGGUGGAGCGGGGGGGCCGAGGCACCGAAGUGA